AUGGUUACCAGGAAACCGGAGGAAAAAACCAAGGGCCAGGAAACCAGGAAAAAGGUCCCGAGGAAAACAAGGAAACAGGGAGGAACACCAGGGACCAGGAACCAGAAACAGGAACCAGGAGUCGGAAAAGGACGGGAACGGACCAGGAAACACCAGGGAACCAGGAACCGAGAAACCAAGGCCAGAACCAGGAGUCCGUCGAGAAACAGGACAAGGAAUACCAGGGACCAGGAACCGAAGAAACAAGAACCAGGAGUCGAGAAACAAGGGGACCGGGACCAGGAACCGAGAAACAAGGCCAGGAAUCACCAGGGACCAGGAAACCGAGAAACAAGGGCAGGAACCAGAAGCCGAGAAGCAAGGACCAGGAAUCACCAGGGACCAGGAGCCGAGAAACAAGCACCAGGAAUCACUAGGGACCAGCAACCGAGAAAAACAAGGGCCAGGAACCAGGAGUCGAGAAAACAAGGACCAGGAAUCACAGGAACCAGGAGCCGAGAAACAAGAAACAGAGACCAGAGUCCAAGAACCAUGGGCCAAGAACCACGAACCAUAGACAAGGAAACAGGAACCAAAGACCAGGAAACAGUAACUAAAGACCAGGAAACAGAGACCAUAUGGACCAAGAAACAGGAACCAAGGACCUUGGACCAAGAACCGAUAAACAAGGACCAGGAACCACGAAUCACGAACCAUGGACCAGGAACCGAGAAAUAA